UAUGCUUUGAGUUUUAAUACUUCAGCAAUACUGAUAUCACCGUUUAGAUCGAAAUGGAAGUUCAAUCAGGAGUAUCGUUUAGGCACAGACCCUUCAUGUAUGACUGUGUUCAGUGUAAUGAGGAUGGACAGUUUGUCAUCUGUUUGGAGAAUAAUGUCCACAUUAUGAUUCCCAUUUUAACCGGUACCACUUCUAAAAGUGAUAAUUAUAAACAUGUUGGUCUCAGUUUACCCCAGUUAGUGGAACCUUCGAUUGAAAAAGCUGUAUUAAGACCGGAGUCAAUUGAGACUUCAUAUGCACUAGAAGAGGGUUUUCGCUGUGCUAAAUGGUCGCCAUCGAGAAUAUCACCUUCCAAAAGCUCCUUCUUAUUAGUAAUUACGACCAAACAUAGAGUGCUGUUGUACCAGGAUUCGGCAGAGAAAGCAGGUACAACUGACUGGCAGCUGUUCACAGACCUGACAGAUCAAAUAGUAGACAGUUUUGCUGGUGAUAGCACUUUACCUAUAACCCCUCACUAUACUCUCUACGGCGAUUGGUCAAAGAGGCUGAUUUCUGACCCUCUUGCGAUAAAUCCGAUACUUUUUGCCUUGUCAAAUAAAGCUGGCGAGAUCAAUAUAUGGUCCUACAUCGAAGAUAUAGGUGUGAACCAUGAACUCACCGUAAAAGCACAUAAAGGAUUUGUGAAUCUAUUAGACUGGACUGAUUGGAUAAAUGUCGAGAAAUCACAAUAUAUCGCUCAUAUUGUCUCUACCAGCACUGAUGGAACCGUGGCAUUAACAUCAGUUAGACUUACUUUGCUGGAGGAUGAUAAUACUGUAACAUGUAUCGAAAAGGUGGAAGCUGAACGUUUAUUUACAUGGUUCGAAGACGAGCCUACAAUAACGACAUUAGCUAAAAUCACUUAUUGCAAAGAAGAUGAUGAAAAUUGUUUAAAGAUUGCACUCUCCCGCGGGGGCAGCGUUCAAUGUUUAUGCAUGAUCAUCGGCGCAGAUGGAACCUUGCAGGCAGCUCAGGAAACUUUCGUGGCCUAUAAUUUAGAGCAUUCUGCGUUGGGUUUGAGCUCUGGAAAUUGGUUAACAGGAACAAAUUUCCAAUGUUACACUGUGGAGGGGGAAGGCUUGAAUCUCAUUUUCGACAAACACGGACGUCUGGAAGUGGAUGAGCAGGCCCACUCCGUCUUGAAUAAAAAACUGUUGCAGAGAUAUACACAACAGUGGAUGGAUUUACAACUAGACGCUGAAGAAGAUAGUAUACUCACAACCACGGGCGCCACACCAUAUCUGUGGGGUGCAGUAGACGGCCCGAAUCAUUUAUAUACGGCACUGUUUUAUUCCUUAAAGCCAGAUGUGGAUGUAUAUUACAGAUACGAAUCAGAUGAAACUGUAGCGUUUGCUUUUAUUCUGCAAAAGGACAGAAAUGACCAAACUGGUGUGAUCAAUUUAAUACAGUCGUUCACGAAUGAUCCAUACUUUUUUUUCCGAAAAUCAAUCAGAGGCGCACUUUGGGAACUCUUGGAAUUUUUCCUCGGCGAUAAUGAUGUAAAAUCAUUUGUUGACCUAAUCAAAGAACUAUCAAAAUAUAUAGAGGAAGCAAGCAAGUCCAGUCAAACAUCGUUUGUAGAAUCAAUAUACUGCGAUCGUAGUACAAUUAGUGCAAGAAUCCUGAUCAACAUAAAAUUCCUGUUAGAAAAUUACAGACCUUGUUAUUUUGAAGAAGAUUUGACCUCUGCAUGUGAAGAAGCGAAACUAUGUCUACAAUCCAACUUUCUCUAUAAUGUUUUCAACUAUGCUUUAGAAACACUUGAAGAUCGCUCGGAACAAUGGACAGACGAAGAUAUUACAAUGGUAUUACUGCUUUGUGACUUUGCGCUCACUUUAAAAGAUAGGAAAUUGUUAGAGUGCACAGCAGCAAUAUAUAGCAAACUACAAGAUGAAUAUCCAAGUAUUGAAGUUCAAGAAGAAUUAAUUUAUGCCAAGACGUUUAAAGCUGAUUCAGAGUCUUCUCCACCUGAGCGAAAACCGCGCGAAAAAUGUCCAGUAUGCGAGGCGCAGGUUUAUAUAUUAAGUGAUUCAAUAGCUCAAUGUGACACAGGUCAUUUUUGGGAACUCUGUAGCUUGACGCAAAAGGUCUUAUCGACGCCUAAUACCAGAAAAUGUUUUUCAUGUGGAGCCAAAGCUCUUCCAGCGGGUAAUAAUGAUGCGAACACUUUAGUCAACUUCAUUGUGAGAAAAUGCACAAAGUGUAUCUUCUGCGGUUCAGAUUUGAUUUUGCAGAGAUUUUAAGGAAUAUAUCAAUCUACAUCAAUGACAAGACGUUGUUCCACAGUUCUUUAUUAUUUCGGUUCUACUCGUUUCAAUAAAAGCCUGCCUUUAAUUAUUCCACUUUUUAGAGGAGAAAAAUUA